CUAUCUAUCUAUCCAUCCCCCUACACACCAUCUAUCUAUCCCCAUCCACCACAUCUAUCUAUCUAUCCCCCCCACACUGUCUAUCGAUCAAUCUCCUGCCCCCAGAGUUAGCUCACACACACAGAUCACACACAGAGACCUGCUGGCAGACGCGUACAGAAUCACACGGAUGCAGCCACACACGUGCCCACCCUGACACAGACCCCUGUGCACUGAAUUGCCUGCACCCACCCAUGCUGGCAGCCACCAGAGACCCACUGGAAUCAUAGGCCGAGCCGUGUAAUCGCACAUGCCUGUCACCAUAAGCACCAUGCACGUGACCUCCCACGCCACGCUCGUGCCCCUGUGCAGACUGUCCCCCCCCCCCCGCCAGAGCUCUGUGUUCGGACAGCUGAGUGCUUGCAGGGGGUGGGGGGAGCAUGUGAGCUGGGGGAACCAUCACUCUCUCUGACACCCCCUCUCUGGUUGCCAUGCCAACACUGGCGGGGCGGGAACAGACGCCAGUGGAUCCCUGUGGCUGGCGUAGGAUGCUCCUUAUCUCAUUUUGAAAGGGGGGGGGCUGUGUAGCACCUGGCAUGACGGCCGGUGGGGGCAUCGCCAUCAGGGACCUGGCACAGUGUGUGUGGGGGGCCCCAAAUCUCAAUCGGCCUCUAUGCAGCACCUGGCAUAACACACCUGUGCCAGCUGCCUGCUUGGCCCCCUCCCCGCCCCCUUGGAAAAGCUCUGGGCAUCUCCAGCAGAAAUCCCCCCCUUCCCCACAGCAGCUCCCUCUGUUCCCCAUUUUCUGCCUGUUGAACCCGAUGCUGCAGGUUGGGGGGGGUAUUGCUCAAUUAGAUCGCGAUGCUGGGGGGCAGGGGAUGAGCUGCAAUCUGUCUGGCCUGGAGCAGCUGUCCCGCCCCUCCUGCUGUGGGGCUGGAGCUGCAGUGAACCCUGGGAGGGAGAAGCCUUUGAAGGGCCACCACCAGCAGGUGCCUGGCAGGGGUUGGGCAUCCUCCGGGAUGGGUGAGCCCGGCUGUGGUUCUGGGCAAACGGCCGAGUCUCCAUCGGUGCAGCCGGAGCCACGGAUCCCAUGUGGGCAGGGGGCACCCGACCCCCCCAGCGGUGCCCAGGACCCAGUGAGCACCAGGAGGACCCAGCCACCUGUCUGGUACCGGGGGACCUAGGGAACCCAGCUGCUGCUAUCGGGGGACACCAUCCUUCUUGGAACUGGGGAUAGAACCCAGGAGUCCUGGCUCCAGCAGCCCCUUUCCUAACCCACUAGGCCCCACUCCUCUCCUAGAGCUGGGGAGGGACCCCAGGAGUCCCGGCUCCCAGCCCCCGCCCUCGCUCUAACCCACCAGACCCCACUCCCCUCCUAGGCCCAGAGAUAGAACCCAGGAGUCCUGGCUCCGGCCCUGCCCCCACCCUGCAGAACCCAGCUGUGAGCAGGAGCCCCGCCGCAUGCCAGGCCUACGGCGCCACCGUCCUGCCGCCCAGUGCCAGGUGCAGCCCUGCCAUAGGGAUACCUGGUCCAGCCGCCCCCUCCCCUCACUCCCCCCAGCCUAGGGUGACCUCGGCUCCGUGCCGGGGGCAGGGCAGUGGCUGCGGGGGCGAAAGGUCCCUUGGCUGUGAUGAGCCCUGGUCUGGGGGGAGAAAUGCCAAAGGCCCCAUGCUCUGGCUCCCCCCACCCCCACCAGCCCCAGCCCCAGAUGUCCCUAGACACCAGGGCCUGUGGGAACUUGGGCACUGCGUGGGGCUGGGUAAGAUGCCAAGGGACCAUGCACCCGCAAUAUCCCCAAGCAGUGCCCGGCAGGCACAGUGCGUGUGUGUGAGACUGUGCUCUGGCAGGGACAGCGAGUGUGUGUGUGAUUGUGCGCUGACAGGGAUGGCAUGUGUGUGUGAUUGUGCGCUGGCAGGGACAGCGAGUGUGUGUGUGAUUGUGCGCUGACAGGGAUGGCGUGUGUGUGUGAUUGUGCGCUGGCAGGGACAGUGAGUGUGUGUGUGGGGGGGUAGCUCAGUGGUUUGAGCAUCGGCCUGUUCAACCCAGAGUUGUGAGUUCAAUCCAUAUAUGGAUCUGGGGCAAAAAUUGGGGCUUGGUCCUGCUUUGAGCAGGGGGUUGGACUAGGAACCUCCUGAGGUCCCUUCCAACCCUGAUCGUCUCUGAUUCUCUGUGUGUGUGGUUGUGUGCUGGCAGGGACGGGGUGUGUGCCCACACACGGCCCUGGAAGUCUGAGCCAUUGGAAGGAGUCGCAGGGACCAGGACACCGAAGCCACCUGCACCCCACAAAGGGUUAAACGCUCCGGGUUGACCAUUAACUUCUCCCAAGGGAGCGUGGGACGAAGGUCGCUGGGGCCCAGGAUUCGCUCUGGCUUCGGGUGGGGAGGGGGGCAGCCCCGAUCCUGCCGGCACAGCACCACGGACAGACAGCUGGAUGGGGCGGGGUAUACAGAGAGACGGGUCUGCCUGGAGAUAGACAGAUAGCGUGGUAGCCGGUUUGGUCCCAGAGGGUGGGGAACGGACCCUGUUCCGGUGGACUGGCCGUGGGACCUGUCAUACCCCCCGCUGCCCCCCCCCCAGCCAGCCCCACGCUGAUUGGGACAUGUGCUUUGCUCUGCUGGGACUGGUGUGAAUGGGCGCACAAGGGCCCGCGGCCGCGCUUUGGGCCCCGGCGUCCCUCCCCCUCCCCAAAGAGUGACACCCUCCCACCCCCCGCUCCGUGGGGCACUGCCCUGCCCAGCGUGACGCUCCCCGGCUUGUCCUCGUGUCUCAGCCCAGGGGCGAGCGGGCCAGGAUGUGCGACGGGCCGGCCAGGCGGAAGGUCGGGGUCGUGGGCUUUGGACAUUUGGGCCAGUAUCUGGUCCGGAGACUCCAGGAGGAGGGACCCCGGCACGGCCUGGAACUCGCCUUCGUCUGGAACCGGGAUGCGCGGAAGCUGCAGGGGCAGGUGCCGGCUUCCCUCCAGCUGCAGGACCUGGCCCGGUUCCCCGAGCGCGAGGCGGAUCUAGUGGUGGAAGUGGCUCAUCCCUGCAUCGUCCGGGACCACGGCGCGACCUUCCUGUCCGGGGCAGAUUUCAUGGUGGGCUCCCCCACGUCCCUGGCUGACCAGGCCACGGAGAUGCGGCUGAGGGAAGCUGCCCAGCGUGGGGGGCACACGCUGUAUGUGCCCCGGGGGGCGCUGUGGGGCGGCGAGGACAUCCAGCGCAUGGAUGACAGGGGCGUGCUGCAGGGCCUGAAGGUGACCAUGAUCAAGCAUCCAGACAGCUUCCGGCUGGAGGGGGCGCUGAGGGAGCGGCUGGGGGCCGCGCGGGCCGUGCUGUACGAGGGGCCCGUGCGGGCUCUCUGCCCGCUGGCCCCCAAUAAUGUCAACACCAUGGCGGCUGCUUGCAUGGCCGCCCCCAGCCUGGGCUUCGAUGGGGUCCAGGGGUGUCUCAUUGCUGACCCCAGCUUGCCAGGGCCACCGAGGGCAUGUCGUUUUGUGCUGAUGCUGGUUCGGGGCCGGAGGGACCAGCCCCAGGGAGCCGGCUGAAGCCAGUGGGGCUGGCAGUGUGUGUUGCGGGGGGCGUUGCCUCUGCCUAAGAGAUCGCUGAAGAGAGGGUGGCAGGGAGGAAGGGUGGGAAAUCUUUCGCACUUGGUCCCAGAGGCGUGAUGGGGGAUGUAGUACUUGCUCCCCAGAGCCGAGUGGGAGUCACAGUGUACGUAACCCCGUCCUGCAGGUGUUACCGUCCUGCAGAGACUGGUGUAGGCGGCUGCUUUUGGGUAACGACGGGACCUGUGCAGCGGAACCUCAGCGUUACGCACACCGGAGUGACCAACGGACGGGUCAACCACAGCCCUCCUUGGGCACCGCACGCACGCGAGCCGGCAACAGCCGCAGAGACAAACCGAGCAAGUCCAGUACAGUCCUGUGUUAAAUGUAAACGACUAAAAAAAAAGAAAUAAAAGGAAAGUUUAAAAAAAGAAAGAUCUGAGGAGGCAAGGAAACCGUUUCUGGGCU